GGAAGAAGGCAGUGGGAGCUGUAUGGCUUUCUCCAUGUAGUCACCAAGAGUCAAGACUAACUUGAUGACACAUGUGCGCACAUACACAAAAGCUCCCAAUUAGAAAUGGGCAGAUUAUCCAUUCCCUCUCUGAAUUUCAAAUCCAAAUUAAUCUUCCCUAUUCUGCUAGCUUCCAGGUAUGCUAGGGCUGCAACUCCCCGGAAAAGCCUGAUUAGCAUGUUUGGCAGGCCAUGCAAAUGAAAGUUGCAUUCUCUACAAAUAGCUUUGGUAGGCAGGUGAAAUCACAGCUUCCUGAGUUAUUGUCUGUGGGUCUCAGUGUUCUGUAUGCAAGUUGCAUCUUGAUUUCCAAACACAGACCUACCCAAAAGUUGCCCAACAGGCUCUAUAAAUUAGGUCACUCUGCAGUGGAUAGGAACAUCUUUUGAAGCUGCUCAGUGGCUAGACCUCUUUCCCAUUAACAGGAAAUGAAAGCUUGCAUGAAUCUGCCAUCCCUCGGAAGCUUGGUAAUGGAAGUGAGCAACCACAGCAGUUACGUGUUGGUUCAAAGGAGCCAAAUAAUUUUCUACCAUCAAAAAGGAUUUACAGAGAUACAAUCUGGUCAAAACUAAAAAGCAACUUCUGAUUUAUGAGAAAAGCUUUGUGGCAUAUUGUAUUGCACAGGAAAUACACAUGGGGAAAAAAUCAGUAAGACUGUAAUUUGGUACUGAUUUCUUAAGAGUAACUUGUGUGCGCUCACUUGAGCUUACCUUCCGGAAAGCACCAAACAUAGUACUACAAUGCAGGACGACUACAAGAAAAAUUAUGGAAAUUCUGGAAAACGUAUUAUAAAUCCAAAGAAUGUGAUAGAGUUGUUCCGUGAUAAGAAAGAAGAGAAAAAGGAUAAAGCAGCACAUGUCAUUCAAAAAACCUGGAGAAGAUGGCUGGAUAUGGGUGUAUUUGAAUAUUAUAAAGAGCUUAUAGGCUUUAAACAGUAUGGGGAACCUUGCCAUCUUAUGAAGUACAUUGAACCUAGAGAGGCAGAAUUUUUAGAUGCUGCAGCAGGAGUUCAUAUUAAAUUCAGACUAGGCGGGGAAAAGUUUCCUCCCAGCAUAUAUUAUAAAAUAUUUACUCAUAGACCUAUUGUGGAUUUGUGUGCAAAUAGUCCCAAAGACUAUGCGAAGAUGGCAACCCAACCAAAUCCAAGAAAGUUGCAGAAAGGGAGCGUCAAUGAAAGUACUAGUGACUGGUAUCAACGCAUCGAGAAUAAUGGCUGGAGACUUCUUUCCAUUAGAAGGAAACGGAACAUGGUAAAAAGAAGAAAGGCAAGAAAAAUUGAAUGGCUGAAAAAAAUGUAUUUUGGAGAAAAUCUGCAGGUUAAAACAGAGAAUCCUGAGGCAAUUGUUUUAAUUCAGAGAGCAACAGAAGGGCUAAUCAAGUCCCUGGAGAAGGAAGGAAUAGAUCAAGUGAUGGAAUGGGAAGUAGAUGAAAUGUUAAAGUGGACAAAUGCAUUGAAUUAUGACGAAUAUGUUAAACUAUGGAAAGAAGUUGGAACAAGCAAGACUUCAGAAAGUUUUCAAGCUUUCCGGUUUACUCAACAAGAUAACAUUUAUGAAUUGAUACCAAACAAGAUUCAAGAAAUAAUGCAAUCUCACUUGAAGAAGAAAAAAUAAUCUAUCUGACAAGUGAACGUUCAGUAGUCACAACAGUUAUCAACAUAAAGCUCCAGAAGACAAAAAAAUAAAAACACGGUAUAAAAAGAUGGAAUCUAUGCAUUUGUGAAGCUAAUGUGCCCUAACAUAAAAUGUAAUGAACAUUAAAUUUGUUCAGUUUUGUAGUGAGCUUAUUUUGUGAUAGAUGACUUGCCUGUUGUGAUAUUCAUCAAGAUUUAUUUUCAAUUUUUAAUUAUUUUGAUUUUGGCAAAUCUAAGGUAUUAUAUAUAAGUGAGCAAGGAUGUGGAAAUGACACAAUCACAUAAGGGCAGAAAGAGUUCCCUGCUGAGGUUUAGCAUCAAUCUAUAAAUAACCUGAGUGACCAUGCAUUUCUGUGCUUAGCCAUUACCAGGGAAAUCAUAGUUGGAAUGUUAAUUAAAAGAUCGGGGUUUCCAAAGUCAAUGAACCAUUUCUCAUUCAUAGGGGAGUGGGAAACGAAUUAUCAAAAUUUACAGUUUAAAGGUGGCACCGAUUGACGUUAGAAGUAGACAAAAUGAAUAUAAAAAUUUACGGAGUACCGUAGUAUGUGGUUGAAAGUCUCGUUCUAAUCUGAUUUCAUUUCAUGACCAGGUUACCAUUCUGUAGCAUAAAACUCCUAUGGAUUCUCAGAAAAUGUAUUGUAUUGUACACAUGUAUGAAUGUAUGUAUUCAGCAUGCUUAUGUUUGCCUUACAAUUGAGAAAAUUUCCCAUGCAACAAUGAAAGUUAUAAAAACAUUGCUUUUCAUUGAAAUGUUUCUAUAUAUAUAUGUAUGUAUGUAUGUAUGUAUGUAUGUAUGUAUGUAUGUAUAAAAAGCAUUUAAAUAAAUUAAUAAAAAUCAGUAGCAGGAAUAUUUGAGCAUUCAAGAGUUUAUUGAAAAAGCUUUCGCAUUUGUCAGUCUCAAUAUGAAUACAAUUUCCACAUAUCAAUUUACAGGCAAGUAGACAAAAUUCUUGCAGUUCUAUAGUUCACUAUGGCUUUGUGCAAAAAUGAAUUAUAAUAAGUAGAUAUGAAGAAAAAUGCAUGUUCAAAAGAAUUUGGCGUUAUUGUACAUUUAAAAAGGCACUUUGGGGCACCUCUGUAUUUCAAUACACAAAUAGUAGAGUCUAAUGCAGAGCAAAUAAAAAAUACUUCCACAUGCAUAGUGCAUGAAUUCUCAAAAAAAAAAAAAAAAAAGCAUAUGCC